UGGGCGUUGGAAAUUUAAUCCUAUCCAAAAGUAUCGGCUUUUAUCCCUUUAUCCCAGCUACACAGAGGAGCACCUUCUUCAGAAAACAAUGGCAUCCUCUCUCCUCUUCACGAGCUUCUCCCCUCCCUCAUCCCUCCCAAUUCUCUCCUCCAUCAAAACCCAUCUCUCUCCCUCUCCAAUCUCUCUCUCCAUCAAACCCACCAACAGCAACCUUUCCUCCUCGAGAUCCCUCUCUGGGUUCCCUCUAACCCUCCCCAAGUCCCUCACUUUAACCCCCUCAGCCUCCCGAACCCCACCCAAGAUUGCUGUAUUCGCUGCCAAAGGGUACAAGAUGAAGACCCACAAGGCUUCUGCGAAGAGGUUUCGGGUUACGGGCAAGGGGAAGAUAGUGAGGAGGAGAGCAGGGAAGCAGCAUUUGCUGGCCAAGAAGAACACUAAGAGGAAGCUUCGCUUGUCUAAAAUGAUCGGAGUAGAUAAAAGCGACUAUGAUAAUGUCAUUGGUGCAUUACCCUAUCUUAAAGUGAACCGCAAGGCAACCUGAAUGAGUUCCCUCUAAAAUUUUCCAACGGCGUCGACAUCGGUGGUGAAACUUUCCCGACGUUCGUUCAUGGGGCGAAGAAAACUGCGAUCUUGAAGAUGGUGAUGAUGAGUUGCAUUGCUAAUCUCCUCAAGUUUAAAUAUUGUUGUAUUUUUUUUGAAAUCGAUGACUUGAGAUUAAAGUAGAGCAUAUAAAUUUAUAUAUUGUUGUUAUUUCAUUGAAUAAGUUUGUUGUUAAGCUUAUGAGUUGAUGAUGAAUGAAUGUUA